UCUCUCUCUCUCUCUCUUCUCUAGUUCUGUACCAAAACUACAGCCUCUUAAAAAUAUUCCAACUAGAAAGAUAAAAGGGAAAACAAAAUAAGAACUGGUUUUACAGUGCCAUUUUCUUAUCAUAAAAGGAUCACAAACAUCUCAAGGAAAAAGCUUUCAGAGAAGUUCAAGCAAUCGGAUUGCAGUACAAAUUUAAAGUUGUGAAGUUUUCUUCAGAGGCAGAGACUUGGAGUUGUGACUAAACAGAGGGUUGGGCUACAACUUUUUCAUUAUUUUCUGGGUCGCUCCAGCUUUAUUGUUUAAUUGUGGGAGAUUGACGCAGUAAUUUUAUGCUGGGAUGUUAAACUACAAAAUUUUGAUUCUUGAUUGGUAGCGGGUAGAAGGGAAAGCUUGUGGACUGUCUUUGUGUGAUAUUUUUGUUGUGGUUGCAAAGUUUGUGGAUUGGUGCUGGGUUGAAGGUUAGCUGGGAGAUAAAUUUUCCAUGGCUGCUACAUCUGAAAGAUGGAUUGAUCGUCUGCAGUUCUCCUCAUUGUUUGGGCCGCCCCCGCAAGAUGCCCUGCGACGGAAGGCUCAAGUUACUGCCUAUGUGGACUACUUUGGUCAGUUUACAUCAGAACAGUUUCCUGAGGACAUUGCCGAGCUGAUCCGUAACCGUUAUCCAUCGGAGGUGAAGCGUCUCUUUGAUGAUGUCCUGGCUAUGUUUGUCCUUCAUCACCCUGAGCAUGGGCAUGCUGUUAUCCUUCCAAUUAUUUCAUGUCUCAUUGAUGGUACGCUGGCAUAUGAAAGGAUCAGUCCACCAUUUGCUUCUUUCAUAUCGUUGGUCUGCCCAAGCAGUGAGAAUGAGUAUUCUGAGCAGUGGGCUCUGGCAUGUGGGGAGAUUUUACGAAUCUUAACUCAUUACAAUCGCCCCAUAUACAAGGUGGAGCAACAGAAUAGUGAAACAGAAAGAAGCAGUAGUGGUAGCCAUGCUACAACAAGUGACUCCGUUGAUGGUGAAUCCAGCCAUAUACCUUUGGUACAACAAGAGAGGAAACCUAUAAGGCCUUUGUCUCCUUGGAUUACUGAUAUAUUGCUUGCUGCACCUCUAGGUAUCAGAAGUGAUUACUUCCGCUGGUGUAGUGGGGUUAUGGGAAAAUAUGCUGCUGGAGAACUCAAGCCACCAUCAACUGCUUCUUCUCGUGGAUCUGGAAAACAUCCCCAGCUCAUGCCAUCAACUCCAAGGUGGGCAGUUGCUAACGGUGCUGGAGUUAUAUUAAGUGUUUGUGAUGAGGAAGUUGCUCGCUAUGAGACUGCUACUUUGACGGCAGUCGCUGUCCCUGCACUCCUACUUCCUCCUCCAACAACAGCUUUGGAUGAGCACCUAGUAGCGGGGUUACCUGCUCUUGAGCCAUAUGCACGCUUAUUUCAUAGGUAUUAUGCUAUUGCUACUCCAAGUGCCACCCAAAGACUUCUUCUUGGCCUUCUAGAAGCACCACCAUCAUGGGCUCCUGAUGCACUUGAUGCAGCUGUACAGCUUGUGGAACUCCUUCGUGCUGCUGAAGAUUAUGCAUCUGGCAUAAGGCUUCCUAGGAACUGGAUGCAUCUGCAUUUCCUGCGUGCAAUUGGAACCGCAAUGUCCAUGAGAGCGGGCAUAGCAGCUGAUGCUGCGGCAGCUUUACUUUUCCGAAUACUCUCACAGCCUGCAUUGCUUUUCCCUCCACUAAGACAAGUUGAUGGAGUUGAAGUUCAGCAUGAGCCUUUGGGUGGUUACAUCUCAAGCUACAAGAAGCAGAUUGAAGUUCCUGAGGCUGAAGCAACAAUUGAAGCUACUGCCCAAGGGAUUGCUUCUAUGCUCUGUGCCCAUGGGCCUGAGGUUGAAUGGCGAAUUUGUACCAUAUGGGAAGCUGCGUAUGGCCUCAUUCCUUUAAGUUCCUCUGCAGUUGACCUUCCUGAGAUCAUUGUCGCCACUCCAUUACAACCUCCAAUAUUAUCAUGGAAUCUGUAUAUACCCCUCCUUAAGGUCUUGGAAUAUCUACCUCGUGGAAGUCCGUCUGAGGCAUGCCUUAUGAAGAUAUUUGUUGCCACUGUUGAAGCGAUUCUUCAGAGAACAUUUCCGCCUGAGUCAUCAAGAGAGCAAAACAGGAAAACAAGGUACCUUUUUGGCAUAGGUUCGACCUCAAAAAACCUGGCUGUGGCAGAGCUUCGUACAAUGGUUCAUUCACUAUUCUUGGAAUCAUGUGCCUCGGUAGAGCUUGCUUCACGCCUACUGUUUGUUGUGCUAACUGUAUGCGUCAGUCAUGAAGCUCAGUCCAAUGGAAGCAAGAAAGCAAGAGUUGAAGAAAGCUACCCAGCUGAUGAGAGCGUUGAAGAAUCACAAAAGAUGUCAGAUAAGCAGAGAAACAGAACUAAAAAGACAAAAAAACAGGGGCCUGUAGCAGCAUUUGAUUCUUAUGUUCUGGCUGCUGUUUGUGCUCUUGCAUGUGAGCUUCAGUUGUUCCCUUUGAUUUCGAAGGGGAUUAAUCAUGCUCACUCUAAAGAUGCAAAAAAUGUGGCAAAGCCUGCCAAAGAAAAUGUAUGUACUAAUGAGUUUCGGAGUAGUGUUGACUCAGCAGUUUGUCACACACGCAGAAUAUUAGCCAUUUUGGAGGCACUUUUCUUGCUGAAGCCAUCUUCCAUUGGCACUUCGUGGAGUUACAGUUCAAAUGAGAUAAUUGCAGCAGCCAUGGUUGCAGCUCAUGUUUCUGAAUUAUUUAGAUGGUCAAAAGCUUGCAUGCAUGCACUCUCUGUCUUGAUGCGAUGUAAGUGGGACAGUGAAAUUUGCUCCAGAGCCUCAUCAUUAUACAACCUCAUUGAUUUCCACAGUAAGGCUGUUGCAUCUAUCGUUAACAAGGCUGAACCAUUGGAAGCACACUUGAUGCAAGUUCCAAUUUGGAGGGAUUCCUUUGGGUGUUUUGAAGGCAGAAAACUAAGUCAAGGUGGAAACAGUAGAUGCUUAAAUGUAGGGCAGCCAUCUGCCUUGCAGUGUGAGGAUUCAGCACAUUCAGAAACUAAACACAAAUCUGAGAGUGCAUCACAUUCAUUUGAGGGGUCGGGAAAUACCUCCGGUAAAGGUGUAGCAAAUUUCCCAUUAGAUGCUUCAGAUUUGGCCAACUUUCUUACUAUGGACAGGCAUAUCGGAUUUAAUUGCAGUGCACAGGUUCUUCUAAGAUCAGUACUCACAGAAAAACAAGAGCUAUGUUUCUCAGUUGUCUCACUGUUGUGGCACAAGUUAAUUGCAGCUCCUGAAACCCAGCCUUCUGCGGAAAGCACUUCUGCUCAACAAGGAUGGCGGCAGGUCGUUGAUGCAUUAUGCAAUGUUGUGUCAGCAACACCAGCAAAAGCAGCCACUGCAGUGGUUCUUCAGGCGGAGAGGGAAUUGCAGCCUUGGAUUGCCAAAGAUGAUGAUCAAGGUCAGAAGAUGUGGAGAAUCAACCAGAGGAUUGUAAAAUUGAUUGUGGAGUUGAUGAGAAUUCAUGAUAGCCCAGAGUCAUUGGUAAUUUUGUCAAGUGCCUCAGAUCUACUUUUGCGUGCCACUGAUGGGAUGCUUGUUGAUGGAGAAGCUUGCACCUUACCCCAACUAGAGCUACUGGAAGCAACAGCUAGAGCAAUUCAGCCUGUGCUCGAGUGGGGAGAAUCUGGGCUGGCAGUCGCAGAUGGCCUUUCGAACCUGUUAAAGUGUCGUCUGCCAGCUACCAUCCGAUGCCUUUCUCAUCCGAGUGCACAUGUUCGUGCUCUGAGCACAUCAGUUCUUCGUGAUAUUUUGCAAACCAGUUCAAUUAGACCUAACCCUAAUCCGGUGGAAAUAAAUGGUAUUCAUGGUCCUUCCUACAAGUAUUUUAACUUAGAUGUGAUUGACUGGCAAGCUGAUGUGGAAAAGUGCUUGACAUGGGAAGCUCAUAGCCGACUUGCGACUGGAAUGCCUAUAAAAUUUCUUGAUACUGCCGCCAAAGAAUUGGGUUGUAGUAUUUCCUUAUGAAAUCGAUUAGCUUCAGGUGUAUAAUUUUUUUUUCUUUUUCAUGUGAGACUUGUCUUACACAAUAGAUACUUGCAUCUUUAUUGCCUUGAAAGAUGAGUUUGCAGGUUAAUAGAUAUUCAUUUGUUCUUCUGGGUCCAAGGUGUCAGUCAUACUGUCAAAAUUUUCUUUUCUGACCAGACAUGGCAGUCCCUCAUGGAAGGAGAUUUGUGUAAAUGAUAAUUAUGGUUUAAUUGUCACCCUAGUCAUCCUAAUUUGGAUCUUAAA